AUGGCCGACUUGAUUCAGAGCUUCUGCUGCAGGAGGAAACUCACAGUAGUAAUAAUGGUGAACGGGAUUAGGAACGGGAUUUUAAGAUCUGGAAAAUAUCAGAUUCGCUCUAAGGGGUAUUAUGGUCAAAAGUAUAGAUAUGUGGCUAUAAACUCAAUAGAGAGGCAGAUGUCGAUUCACGACUUCGCGGUGACGGAGAAGUACGCCGUGAUACCGGAUAUCCAGAUCGUGUUGGAUCCGUGGCUGAUUGUGAGGGGGAGGUCGCCGGUGGGGGUGGAUCGGGAGAAGGUGGCGAGAUUGGGGGUUAUUCCGAAGUAUGCGGAGGAUGAGGCAGAGAGCGUGUGGAUUGAGGCGGCGGGGUUUAAUCAGCUGCACUGCGUGAAUGCAUAG